AUGGCGGACGAGGAUCCGCUGCGGCGGCUCUCGGACGCAGCCCGAACGAUCGUCAAGCAGCGCCGAAGCACGCUGACGGCCGUCGCAGCGGCCGAGGCAGACACCGACAACUCGGACGACGACGAGCACGAUCUCGGCCUCUUUGCGGCCAAGUACCACCGCCUCCGCCACGUCACGGCUACCAUGGCGCCUGUCGAGCGCGACGUGCAAGCGCAGUGGCUUUGGCUCAAUGGCAAGCUCGUGGACGCCAAAGCCCACUUUAUCGAGAUUGCGCGGUCGGCCCCGACGUAUCCGCACGUGCACUUCAAGCUCGGGUAUCUCUACCUCCUAUUGCACGACGCGCACAAGGCCUUGGACGCCUUUGGGAUGGAGGUGGCAACGCUCUUGGCGACGCCCGAGCCAACGCACGAGGUGCAUGGAAAGCGGGUCGCGGCCAAGGCCUUUCUCUGGUGCGCCCAUGCCGGACGAUACGAAGCAUACACGCAGCUGCACCAGCCAGAAAAAGCGCUGCACGAACAAGCGGCGCUGGAGGCGCACGGCGGCACGUCGCUCGAGGCCCAUGUAGCCAUGGGCAGCCUCUUUGCCCGUCUCGGCUUGCUCCACCGCGCGGAUCUCUGUUUCGAAAAAGCGGCAGCACUCAAUGCACGGGAUCCCAGCUACUUGGCCGAGCACGCCAGUGUGCUCUUGCUCCAGAAGCGAUACGACCGGUCGCUCGCCAUGGCCGUCCAGUGCGUGGCCGUCGCAGCGCCGCUGAGCUACGAUGUCUUCCGCGCCAUGCUGCACCAAGCGACUGCGCACAUCCGGCUGCGUCAGCUCCCGAAGGCCAAGAAUAUAUUGCGCGAAGUCCUCGACAGCCUUGCGCCACUGGUGGAAGAGCACAUGACUCCUCUCUUGGAAGGCUCCGACAUGGACCGAGCGACCUUGCGGCAGCUGUACUUUGAUGCAAGCCAAUCCGACGGCUGCCGGGCGCUAUUGGCAGGCGACUUGCAGCAUGCGCUCGACGUCUACUACCGCCUCGCCAACGAUUUUUCCGAUUUUCAGCUGCCCGUCUUGCUCGUGGCCCCCGGAGCGCGGAACGCGACCGGCAACGUGGUCGACACGUCAGUUUUUUCGGUCGACAAUAUUGUCAACGCCCUCGUGUACCUAGACGAGAUGGAGGCGCGAUAUGGCCCGGAUGCGUGCUUGUACUUUCACCGCGCCAACGUCUACCGAGCGCUUGGGAACCUCAAUAGCUUCCUCGAGGACCUCAAGAUCCUGGAGCGGCUCGCCCCUCACUUCCUACCGACGUACUUUAGUCACGGCAGCUUCGGGGACUUUCUUGAUGAAGAGACCAUGACGUGGCUGCCACACCGUCUCUUGUGUGCCCUCCACGCGUCGGAGAAUGUUGCUCACCAUGCAACAAGGAUCGAAAAUGCUCCGAUCGUCGAGUACUUGCAGACGCGUCGGCAGUAUCAACCGCUUGAUAUUUACGCCGACAUUUUCCUCAUCGAUGGACUCCGACGCCUCGAGCUGGACGGCGAGCUCUCGCUGGCCACCAAGCGGCAGCAAGAAGCAGCGAGCGUGUCAUUUGACGACUCGCUUUGCGGUCUCAACGACAAGACGCCGCCGUUGACGAGCCUCGCGUGCAUCGGCUCGCUGCUCGAACGCCACGCGAACUUGCCGCUCGUGCACUUUGUCGCGGGACUCGUCUACAUGUCGCAGUUGCGCGCCUUUGAUGCGACGCGACACUUUGGCCUCUCGAUCGAGCUUCUGAGCGACGCCCUCGGGCGCAUGGAAGCAGCGAUGCAGCACCGCACCGGUCCCACCCACGUGGACCUGCCGACGCGAUGGAUCUACCAGAGCUACGCGCGGGCCAAGUACCAUGCACUGGUGUGGCGGUCAGUGCUUCACCGUCUACUGCUCAACACGGUCGAAGCCAACGACGAUCUGAAAGCAGCGUUGGCGCUCUUUCCUCGGGAUCCCCAUGGUCAGCUCGUCAAGGCGAUGAGCAUGGUGCACUACAGCCAAACGCGCCAUGCGAUCAAGCCCCUCCAAAUCGCCCUCGACAGUCUGCGUGCGAAUGGGUUUGGUAAGAACAAGGAGAUGGCGGUCGACUACAUUCUGGGAGCGGGCACGGCGUCCUUCUCGCUGCUGCCGGGGGAGCUGCGCAAAGCGCGCAAUGCGGCGCUGCAUCAACACUACACGGGAUCGACGCCAUCGACAACGCACGGCCGAAGCUCGACCAACGCGUCCAAGCUUGCCACCAAGAUUCUAACGAUGGACGCGCUCGACAAGCUGUACGACGCCGGUGUCCUCAAGCUCUCCAAAGGCUUGAUUGCGUCGGCGAUCGAGUAUUUUCAAGCGCUCACGUCCAUCAAAGAGACGUACAUGACACCGUCGAUCGAAGCCCUCCUCGAUUUGCAGCGCUGUCGCGACCCUCGCUUGGUCGACGAAAAGAUUUACGCGUGCCACCACCGAUUGAGCAAGCGUGGACUCAAGCUUCUCAAGCUCCUGCACAUGCCGAUCGAAGGUCUCAUUGACAUGACAGUGUGCUUGCACUACGCCCCGCACGAUGUCGACACCUACUGGCACCGGGCGAUGCUGUACCGGCAGUUCCGCAACUACGACGCCUGCCUCCACGACCUCUCUCUGGCACUCGAGCUUACGCUAAACGGCGAGACGGCCACAAAGCUCCGUCAAGUUCGCUUGGAUCGGUACAAGACGCUCAUUCUCGCUCGGAGCGACGUCUACAGCGUGGCCAAGGACCCGGCCAAAGCGCUCUCGGACCUCAACGUCGCCAUGGAGCUCCACUACAGAGAAAAGACGCGGGACCCGACGGUCACCGCAGCGUUUCACGACAAGCGCUGUGCGCUCCUCGUCCGACUCCGGCGGUUCGAACAAGCCAUCGAAGACAUGGAGAUUGCACUUCAACUGACGACGACGGACGGCCCGCUCUCGGACAAUGCGAUUCUGAACCACCUCUUAUUGGGGAAUUUGCACUGCCAGAUGGCCAUGACGAGCCAGAAGAAGCAGACAAUCUCGGACCACUACCUCUUUCCGACACCCGCCAACCCGCUGACGUCGGUGGCGGCCGCGUCACUGGCGACCGCGUGCACCUACUACGACAAGGUUUUGUCGGAGAAACCCACGUUUGCACUCGCGCUCUUCCUCAAGGGUCGCAUGCACGCCGUUCAAGGCGACUGCGUCCGUGCCCUCGGGUGCCUCGACGACUGCUUGCGGCAAGAUGCUUGGUUCGUCGCAGCACAUUUUUUACGUGGCAGCAUCCGCGCGCAGCAGUGCCUCCCCGAGCUGGCCCUCGCGGCGUUUCUGCUCGUCCGCAGCAAAGUGCCGCUGUACCCGAAUGUGCAAACGUCGAUAGGCUAUUGCUACUAUAUCCUGGGCAACCACAAGAGCGCGGUUUUCGAGCUCACCGAAGCGAUCGCGCAGGCCAGCUAUGAUGCAACUGCGCACUACACCCGCGGCCUCGCGCUGCAAGAAGUACUCGCACUGGACAAGGCGGUCGACGACUUUUCGACUGCGAUUGCGCAUGACACGCGCAUGGCGCCGGCCUACUUUCAGCGCGCGAUUUGCCGCCUCUUGCAGCAAGACUACAGCGGCGCGAGCGCCGAUUUGCGCGAGACGAUUCGGCUCGAUACGAAUAUGUUGCACGCGUACGUGUUGCUCGGGUAUGCCUGCUACCACAACGACCAAGUGACGACGGCGGUCGACGUGUACUCGCAAUUUCUACUCGAGAAAACCACAGACGCCAAAGUACUCGUGUACCGUGGCUUGUGCUACUACCGCCUCGGCGAACUCGACUUGGCGCUACGCGACCUCCACCGAGCGGUCAAGCUUGAUGCCAAGUUGUGGUUUGGCUACUAUGUGCUCGCCUUGUGCUUUCACAAGAAAGCGGACGUGGACGGCACGGCCAAGAACAUUGCGCUCUGCGUCCCGUACUUCAAAGAGGUGCCGACAGCGGCGUCUUGGGAUGCGACGCCGCCGCUGUGGCACAUCAACUCGGUGUUUGCCUACCGCGGUGACGACACAACGGCCUCGCUCCUGCGUCUAGCCAAGUACGCCUGCAAGCACUCGUCGGCCCCACAUCGAGCCCCGCGGCCCGCCCUCGACGCAACGACGCCGAGCCCCCGGCAGCUCUACUUGCGAGUGCUCUUUCGUCGUACGAUCCGACACGUGGUCUUUCUAAGUCGUGUCGUCCGGGAAAUGGAGAGCCAUACGUUUACCGCGACGUCGCUCAACGCGCAUCUCUCGCGCCAGCUCGAAGCGCUUGCGGCCCCCGUUCGCAUCCCGCCCCCCCGUGGCCUCUUUACCGAUGCGUCGGUCGCGUGGGCGUAUAAUUUGCUUGGUACCAUGUGCCACCGCCACAAGAAGCUCGAAGACGCUCUGCGCAACUUCACGCUCGCGAUCGCUGCGACGCCGACCAACCCGGUGCCGUACUUUAACCGCGGCAACAUCUACUUGGCCAUGCACGCGAUUCCUUCCGCUCUGACCGAGUACACGGACGCGCUCCAAGCCAACCCGGAGCAUGUUCCGUCGCUGAUUAACGCGGCCCUCGCUUUUCUACUGCUGCACAACGUCGACGACGCGCAUCGGUAUUUGCGGACAGCGACGACGCAGCUGCCCUUUGUGCCAGACGCGCGGUCGCAAGUCCUCGUGAGCUACAACUACGCCAACGUUCUUCGCCAACUCGACCGUCUCGACGAGGCCAUCGAGUGGUACACCAAGGCCAUGGAGCAUACGUCGACGGAUCUCUGGCUUUUGCACAACCGCGCGACGGUCUACCACGCGCAAAUGAAGUUUACGUCUGCCUUGCACGAUUAUGCCGCAGCGUUGGCGCUGGCACCGUCGACGCUUGAGACGCGCGCCAACCGCGCGCAGCUGUACAUUGCGAGCUCGCGCUGUUUCUUGGCGUCCCAAGACUUGGACAUCGCGGUCACGUACCUCCCGAGCAGCGACAAGGCGGCGCUGGUGCAGCGAUUGCAUGGCUUUUGCAAGCGCUGGACCGAGGCGAUGACGGUCGCACGCGCGGAUUUCGUGUAUGUGUUGCACGCGUUCCCUUGCUUUGCCAAUGUGGCGACGGACGGGACAGCACCGUUUCUCGACCCGUUCUUCUUUCACUACAGCGACCUCUCGGACGCGUCCCAUGCGGCGUCCAGCGCGCUGGAGCGCAUGCUCGCCGCGUCCAAGGCGGCCGACUUACCGCGCCUCGUGCACGCUGCACUCGACGCGAUGCGGCACAUGGACUUUGCCACGGCCCAGCGGCUGCUGUUGAGUGCCACGUACACGUCCAAUCUGUCGUUGGAAGAGCUGCAAGUGUGUCUGCUCUGGCGUGCGCAGCUCGAAUUCGAUCGGGGCAACGCGAACGACUGCCUCGAGAUGCUGCAACAGCUGCUGCUCGCGACCGAGCCGCGCGACGAUGCCGACCGUCGCCCACGCGACACCCCCUUGCCACUCCAACGCUGGUCGUCGUCGCUGACGUCGACGCAAGCGCGCUGCAGCAUUGCGUCCGACAUUUACGCCUAUGCUGGCUGCGUGUUUCAGGCACAAAACAAGCGCGAGCAGGCCAAGCACGCGCUCGAGAAGAGUCUCCGCCUUGUGCCGCACAACAUGUUUGCAUUGCUCAACUGCGUCCAUUUAUACUCGCUGGAAGGCGACUUGUACGCAGCCAUGGACACGAUAGCCCGCGCCAUCGACUUUGUGGCUCGUGGCGUCGCCGCGCCCUCGUCCGCCGCCACCACAAUGAGGCACGCCAAGGCGAGCGUUUUGCAUCGGUCCCACGAUGUCCAUGCGUCCUUGGCGCACACGCAGCUCUUGACGCACCCCACCUGCGCCAGCAUUUGCUCAACACUCUCGAGUCUCCUUGCCGAGUACAAGGCGCUGUUGACGUGGGACGUUGGCAACCACAUUCCGCAGCUCUGUGCGCUCCAAGGCAAGCUUGCGAUUCAUGCCGAAGCCCUUCGGGACCUCGUGACCAAGCAGCGCGAGCCCGAGACCAGCAACAACAACAGCAAUAUCCAACUGCACAGUCUCCAUCAGAUACUCGAUCAGUGCGCGCUUGAGACGAGCCAACAACCCGCGCUCGAGUCGUCGGCGUGGCGGCGGCUCGUCCAGCCGACCAAGCCACUGCGCCGCCGGUCGAUGCUGCUUCCGAAUGUCGACGUGCCGUCCACGCCUGCGUUUCAAGACGAGUACAACCGCGUGGUCGCUCAAAUUGAGCCAACGCUGGUGACCGAUCAGGACGAGAUGUAG